GGGAAACAACACCCGGCACCUUGGAUAGAUUAAGUUCAAUAGCCAACAUUGAAGUUAACCUAAAUAAUUCCGAGCCGUACAAUGAAUCUCUGCGCUAGAUAAUCGCCAAACUCGCAUCUAACAACCCGGAGCCAUUAUGUCGCCAAGCAACUUCUCGCUAGCCAGUAAAGUCAAGCUACCGAACGGUAAGCUCAUGCCCCAGAUCCAGCUGGGCUUGUACUUGAUGAGCCGCCAGGAAGUCAAGGUAGCCGUGCGGUGGGCGUUGGUUGCAGGCUAUCGGGGGUUUGAUAGUGCUCAGAUGUACCGCAAUGAAAGGGAAGCCGGGCAAGCUAUACGGGAAUACCUUUCCGGCUCUAACGGUAGCACGGGGGACCUCACGCGCCUGGAUAUAUUCUACACCUCGAAGUUAGCUAGCAAUAGUACAUCUUACCAGAAUGUGCGCCGGUCUAUACGACAGUCUGUUGAGGCCUGCGGGCUCGGCUAUAUCGAUCUGUUUCUCCUUCAUAGCCCGUAUGGCGGUCGUGAGGCUCGACUGACGAGCUGGAAGGCUGUUGAGGAUGCGAUCGAUGAGGGGGAGGUUAAGUCAGGUGGAGUCAGCAACUACGGAGUUGGCCAUAUAGAAGAGCUCAUGGCGUCAAAUCCAAGGAUUACUCCGACAGUCAACCAAAUCGAGGUCCAUCCUUUCAACACACAGCCUGAUAUCAGGGCCGCAUGCGCCAAGUACGGAAUCGUCGUUGAGGCCUACGCUCCGCUAGCUCGCGCGAUGCGUAUGAGGCAUCCGACCAUCGUAGAGCUAGCAAAUAAGUACUCGUGCACACCUGCGCAGCUACUAGUUCGGUGGUCGCUUCAGCACGGGCUCGUCCCUUUGCCAAAGAGCGCAAAACGCGAGCGUCUGCUUGAAAACGUCCAGGUAGGUGGCUUUGAGAUCUCUGCGGAGGAUAUGGAGACAAUGGACGGGCUUGAUGAGAAACUGGUUACGGAUUGGGAUCCUACCGAUGCGCCUUGAGGCAGUGAUGGAACUACAAGUCAUCGGUGCUGAACUAUAUUCUGUAGGGUGAGCCUAUUGGUUUGCAACUUUCCUAUAACUAUAAAUAAAGGGGGGAGGGUCGCUAUCACUUCAUUGCCUAUACACACUAGGUUAACAUCUUAACAGCUACAAACAAAUUUGUAUAUUAGGUAAGGAUCAGAUAGGAGUCCAUCCAGUAUGUAAAGUCUACAUGUAGCUUCUGAGUAGCUCGACCUUGGGAGAAAAGACUUGCCCUUUCCAGUGGCAGAAAAAUGUCUAUGUCAUACCUUUGCUAGAACUCCAUAGCGAUUGUGAGAAACAGACAGCACAACCCCCAUAGUUGACAACAAGACAAAGUAUAGUGAAAGAAACUAGAGUAGAAGCUCAACCUAAGCUAAUGAACACGGUACAAAGGCCUUGCUACGUAUAUUGUGAGAACUCCCAUUGUCUCCCUAACAGCUUCUAGAUCAGCUGUUUCUACUUGUUUAGAUCAACA